CGUGGCAUCAUUGUGUGUGUGCCUCAUUGAGAAACGCAUGCGCGCGCGGCUGGGUGGGUGUCGGUCUAUUUUCGAGGGGCGCCGGUAUUUAAAGUCACAGCUCGCGCUCGGUCUCUGUUUAGGGGGACAUGACCUCGGAACAUGGCCAAGAUCAUCUCGCCGUAAAGGUGUGGAGAGAGGCUGAAACGGACUUUUGGACCAGCCACUGCGGAUUUAGACGUUAGGAGAAACCACUGGGACGAAGGGGACGUAGCUCCAGUUCCUGGGGCGCACCGGCGCGCCGCACACGAGACUCUUGCGGCGGCAGUUCGCGUGGCAAAAUUGCGAGGCUCGGCUUAUACUCGAAACAGGGAUAGAGGGGAGGGAUCCAGAGAGAGGGGGGAAAGGAGGCUAUUCUUCUUCCUGCUUUGCCCGCAAGAAACGUAGAGUGUGGCGGACUACAUACACUCUACUGGCCGCGCCCUGCUGGAGAGACAGUGCCGGUUCCGUUUGGAGAGAUUUCCAGGUCCUCAGCCACUUACCCUUUUUCUCUUCUCUGUUGCGCGUCCUCCGCUUCGUCUUCGUCAAAAAUGUCUCUUCAACUGCAGAAGCGCCUGGCGGCGUCCAUUCUCAAAUGCGGCCGCCGCCGCGUUUGGAUGGACCCGAACGAAGCGAGCGACAUUUCGAUGGCCAACUCGCGCUUCAGCAUCCGCAAGUUGGUCAAGGACAACUUGAUUAUCCGCAAGGCCGUCGCCGUCCACUCGCGCUACCGCGUGCGUCUGUACCACGAGGCCAAGAGAGCAGGUCGACACAUGGGCAAGGGAAAGAGAAAGGGUACUCGAGAGGCAAGACUCCCCGCUAAGGUUCUCUGGAUGAGACGCCAGCGUGUGCUCAGAAGGCUCCUCAAGAAGUACAGGGACAGCAAGAAGAUCGACAAGCACAUGUACCACAGCAUGUACAUGCGUUGCAAGGGUAACCAGUUCAAGAACAAGCGUGUGCUUAUCGAGGCGAUCCACAACGAGAAGAACUUGAAGCUGAAGGAGAAGGCCCUCCAGGAGCAGCUCGAGGCUCGCAAGUCAAAGGCUGCGGCGCAGAAGGAGAAGAGAAGAAUGAAGGAGUUGAAGAAGGAAGCCGACUCGCCUGCGUCUGCGUAAAGGAGCCAAGUGUCUUCUGGAUUGGCGAACUCUCGCUGUUGCAAACCGCUCUUCUCUCUCUUCGAACUCCGCGUGUCGCGUAGAGACUUCACGUUUGUGAAGUGCCUCUCUGUCUGUGUGCAUGUGGAGACUCUUCGGUUACGACCUCUCUUACGUUACAAUCUCGUUCGCUUCCCGGCGCACUGCUGCGACCCGCAACUCAGGAUACACCGCAUAGCGUAGCGAGAAAGAACUGAGCUGUCGCAGUCUCCGAAUCGCUGCCUCGCAAUUUCGAUCGCGACGGCAGUCAGUUCCCAGGAACGGAACAAGAUCCACCAGUUUCCGUAUAUUUUUAUAGAGGUCUGUGUGAACAGAUACAGAUGUGUCAUGCACCGA